AGGAAAUCAAUCCGAAACCGAUCAGCCUGUUCAAUAUGAAGUUGUGUUUUGCUUUGGUUACUGUAUUUUCACUUGUCGUUGAUGUGUGUCUUGGUGAUGGUCGUUUAAAGAGAGCAGCUUGUGACUCGAGUUAUGGAGAUUGGAGUGAAUGGAGCAUUUGUGACAGCGAUUGUGGUUUCUGUGGAACUCAGACUCGGAGCAGACUUUGUGGUCCCAUUAGCGGAUGUGCAGACGUUACUUGCUCUGGAGAUGGAACCGAAUCCCAACCGUGCAGUUCCUCCGACAAUAUUUGCAUGGCUCCAAGCCCCUCAUGCUGUCCACAUACCUAUAAGAAGACUGUAGAUAUCCCGAAUAGACGCUUUUACUGUGCUCUCGUUUGAAAUGCAACUUGUCUACCAAUGUGUAGUAUGUAUAGGAGCUAUCAGAAUUGUUGCAUAUUGUUCAGAAUUUAAAAUAAAAACGAAUUCAUU